AAGAAUAUAUGUGCAACGUCCAAAAUUAGGAAAUUCAACGUCCAAAUUAGGAAGAAUUUUCAUCAUAUCUUAUUGAAUUGAUUUGCGUAUAUCCAUCUAAAUUAGAGAAAGAGAGUAUUAAGAAUAUCUUUUAAUCACUUUCUAACAUUGGGUCAAAAUUUAACUAGUUUCUUACUUUGUAUCGACAUUUAACAACUUUCUAACAUUGAAAAUCUUUGUACUAUAAUUACUUCCAGAAACAACUCAAAUACUGUAAAUUGUUUCCAAUGGCUGUGAGAGAUACAACAAUUUGCUUUUCUCUAUUGGUUUCGAUUGUAAUUCUUUCUAAUGUGGUCGAGUGCUACGAGUCCGGCAGAAGAUCAAUCAUUACAAUUGAGACUAUUCAUGGAGAUUUUUAUGAUUGUGUGGAUAUCUACAAGCAGCCAACUCUUCUGCAUCCAAAAUUGGGCUCAGAAAGAAUUAAGAUGAUCAUAGCAAAUGAGCUUGAAAGACAAAAAGAGGAAAAAAUUGGAGGUUUCAAGGCAGAGGAAUAUUGGUUGAAUAAAGAAGGAUGCCCAAUUGGAACGGUACCAAUACGAAGAAUGAAAAAGAAACAACUCCAAAAUGCUAGACAUGCCUCCUUAAGCUUGUUCAAUGAAUACUUCGGAUACAAUUGGAUUGAUUUUGCAGGAAUUAGCAUAACAGCAUCUCCACCAAUAGAAAGAUUUUUGGGGGUCUCAGCUUUUCUUUGUUUAUACAAUCCUCAAGUAAAUGGGACUGGCCAAUACAGUGCUGCAACCAUUUACUUUAGUAAUGGGGCAGGAAAAAAUCUUGAGCAGAUAGAAGUGGGAUGGAUUGUGCAUCCAAAGUUGAAUGGUGACAACCGAACUCAUUUGUAUACGACGUGGACAGCAGAUGGCUUUCACACAACUGGAUGUUACAACACGCACUGUCCAGGAUUUAUUCAAUUAAGUCGUGUAAUACCUGUAGAUUAUGCUUUUCCAAGGACCUCCGCCGUACAAACUAAAUUCAAAGAAGAAGUGCUUCUAAGGGUCUAUCAGACAGAAUAUUUGGAUUAUCAUCUAGUAAUGCCGGUGAUGAACGAAGAGAUAGGAAUGUGGCCAUUUGAAUUAUUCGAUAAAUUGAGUGCAAAUGGAGCGUACACAGUACAAUACGGAGGGAAGGUGUACACACCAGCAGGUGAAUACAUUACCCCUGCCAUGGGAGCGGGUAAAUUUAGAGGAGGGCAACCGUAUCUAACUUGUUACAUGCGCAAAGUCUUGUAUGAAAUAGAAAUAAAUGGAAAGAAGCAACAAGUUCCACCAGAUGAUUCCAAGGUUUAAACUCAUGAAUCAAGGUGCUUCUAUGAAGGAAAUCAACAUAAUGACAAUGAUGGUUACUGGGACUAUAACUUCUUAUUUGGGGGCAUGGGUGGUGCAGAUCAUGGUCGAUUUUGUCAAUAUUAGGAAAAAGGACAAGGGUCCGAGGA